UGAGUGACCUUUUUCUCUUUGUAUCAGGAUGGGUUGGUAGUUGUCAAGAUAUAUAAUCCCGCCUCCGUGAGUGUGACAGUAACAGUGCAGCAAUAGGUAUUUGAUCGUCUAUAUGAAUGAACCAUGUAACAUCGGCGGGAGGGUAUCACGAUGUGGGUGAAUCGAAGUGGGACAUCAUCUUGCUACCCCGCACCUUUUUGCUGCGCCAUGUCGUCUCUCGAAUAUCAGCUUCAAAUUGUUGCUUGAUUGCGCUUCUCCCAUUGCGCUCGGAUCCAGACUCGGAUUGUCUCGUUUUGCUGCUAAUACUCGAUGUAGCUGUUGCAUGCCACGGUAGUAUCAACAUUGGAGACGCGUCAUUAGUACAGCAUGUUCAAUAUAUAUAAGUCGUAACGCAGACAUCCUCGGGCCAAUUUGGUAUUUAUCCAUGAACAUUGUGUCAAGAACCAUGCGAGAUCUGUGACCUUCAUAUGUGACAUUCGACCCACAAAUUCUCCAGAGGGCCAUGCGAGGGUACAAGAGGCCCCUGGACGGUUUGUGAAAAAUAUCUCACGCUACAUCACUCUCAUCUUGAAACUUGCGAUAUUCUCAAAGCAGCGUAGGGAAUGUUCAAACCUCCAGAUUUUUAUAUCG